AUGGAUGCAAAGAAUAGAUUUUGUCAGUCGGAUCUAGCCACCGGAUCGUCUACCGGUAAAGCUACCACCGUGACCGCUGCCGUUGUGGAACCGGCUCAACCGUUGAAAAAGAGCCGGCGUGGACCAAGGUCAAGGAGUUCUCAGUAUAGAGGUGUUACGUUUUACCGGCGUACCGGAAGAUGGGAAUCUCAUAUUUGGGACUGUGGGAAACAGGUUUACUUAGGUGGAUUUGACACUGCUCAUGCAGCUGCUCGAGCAUAUGAUAGAGCUGCUAUUAAGUUCCGUGGAGUAGAAGCUGAUAUCAACUUCAACAUCGAAGAUUAUGAUGAUGACUUGAAACAGAUGACCAAUUUAACCAAGGAAGAGUUCGUCCACGUACUUCGCCGACAAAGCACGGGCUUCCCUCGAGGAAGUUCUAAGUAUAGAGGCGUCACUUUGCAUAAGUGUGGUCGUUGGGAAGCUCGAAUGGGUCAAUUCUUAGGCAAAAAGUAUGUUUAUUUGGGUUUGUUCGACACGGAGGUCGAAGCUGCUAGAGCUUACGAUAAAGCUGCAAUCAAAUGUAAUGGCAAAGACGCCGUGACCAACUUCGAUCCGAGUAUUUACGACGAAGAACUCAAUGCCGAGUCAUCAGGGAAUCCUACUCCACAAGAUCAUAACCUCGAUUUAAGUCUGGGAAACUCGGCUAAUUCGAAGCAAAAGAGUCAAGAUAUGCGGCUCAAGAUGACGCAACAGCAACAAGAUCUCCACUCUAAUGAAAUUCUCGGAUUAGGUCAAACCGGAAUGCUUAACCAUAUCCCCAAUUCAAAUCACCAGUAUCCGGGCAGCAGCAACAUUGGCAACGGAGGCGGAUUCUCACUGUUUCCGGGGGCUGAGAACCACCGGUUUGAUGGUCGGGCCUCUACGAACCAAGUGUUGACAAAUGCUGCAGCAUCAUCAGGAUUCUCUCCUCAUCAUCACAAUCAGAUUUUUAAUUCUUCUCCUACUUCUCAUCAAAAUUGGCUGCAGACAAAUGGCUUCCAACCUCCUCUCAUGAGACCUUCUUGAAUCUUUUUAAAUAUUUUUAAAUUUUCUUUAUAUAUAAGAAACAAAAUUCGGAAGAAAAUUAACCUUUAAAUCUCCAUGUGUUCUUCUUGGUAUUAAAUUAAUUAUCGGCUUAUCUUUUGUCUAUUUUUUUUCUUUCCCUUAAACCUCUUCUUGUUAAAUUUGCUGAGAUGAAUAUAUUUUUCCAGCCAUGGGAUAUAUAAAAUAUUAUAUCUCUAUAUUGGAAAUUGGAUAA